GCCAUCCCCGCUAAUCAUUAUCCAAUUAUAUAUAGAUAGAUUUUGUUACAUGAUGCAGGAACAGGACUGACAACAACAGAACAACAGCUAAGGGAAAAACAUGCUGCGGCAUUGGCACGUGUCUUUCUUAUCAUUCUGCUUCUUCUUCUUGUUUCUCUUCCUCUUCUUAUGGACUCCUUAUGAUGAAAUCUCUGCAACAAGAACGUUCUCCGUUGAUUUAAUCAACAAAACCUGCAAAACAUGUUCCGACAAAUCUACCGUUUUCAACUACACGUUCUGCUCGGCAUCUCUCCAGGAAAUCCCAGUCAGCCGUACCACAAACCUUCAAGGUCUAGCAAUAAUUGCAAUGGAGUUAGCUUUACAAAAUGCGACUCACACGCUUUCUGUCAUCAAAGAGUUGCGGAGAAACGAAACGUGGGGUCAUCCUUUUGCUUCGGCUUGCUUGAGGGACUGUGAUGUGCUUUACUCCGAUGGGGUUAUCACCCUGGUGGAUGCUGUUGCGGCGUUUUUAGAAGGCAAAUAUGGGAGUGCUGGUGCUUGGUUGACUGCGGUUAUGGACGGAACGACGACGUGUGAGGAAGGGUUUGGGGAUAUGGAAGAAGCGUCGCCAUUGACGGAACAGAAUUACAGUGUUUUCCAGUUAUGUGAUGUUGCAUUAUGCAUCGUCAACUUGCUGGUUUCACAUGCAUAGCUUCUUAAAUCAUAAGAAUUGCAGUCUCUGCUCCCUCUAGUCGUUACAAACGUAGUAAAAAAUUUUAAGCGCUUGUUUAUGGGGUAAUUACAUUUUUAUCGACCUUUUUUUUUUCCUUUCUUUUUUUAGUUUUCAAUUAUAAGUCAAAUUCUAUGAAUAGUCCCUCUAUUUUAUCUAGGUUGUGGAGAUAGUUUCCAAGACUUUAAUUUGGCUAAUUUAUAAUCCACUUGAUAAUCGUUGGUUGCC